AUGUUUCCACAUGUCGCUGCUCAGUGGUUCCCCGACCUGAACGUGAUCACGUUUGAUGGUAACAGCGUGGCCAUCUACAAGGCUACCUCCUACAUUGUGACCCAGCUGCCCAGCGAGACCGUCAGCAUCGUGGUCCAGGAAUGCCCCGCUGACUCAGACACGCUGCUGUGGAAUUUCACCAACCUGUGUCUCGUGGUUUUGAACAUUACCCACAAGUCCAACCACCUGGUCAUCAACAGACUGCAGAGGAGGCUGUAUGUGAACUCGAGGUACGCCAAGCCGAGGUUCAAGAAGUUUGGCUUUGAGAUCCUGGACACCGGCAACAUGUAUCUGAUCCGGACACCAGCGGGCCUGAAGCUGCAGUGUUCCACAGCACGGUCAUUACAAUGA